UCUUCUGGGAUAAAUACUUGAAAUAGUUUGAAUAGUUUUUUCGUCAGAAGAUGAAAGUGACAAGAGUAUGUCCACCGUGGUUUAUUUUUACCACGCUUUCCAUUUCUCUUGUUAUAAACACCAUUUUCUUCAACCGCAUUAGACUGGAAUCGGCAUCUUACAGUAUACUGCAUCGGGAUUAUAAAAGGGAUACGAACUUCUUAAUUAAAAAUGAUUCAUCUUUUCGCCCAGUCAUCGUAAAAGAUCUCCCAGACGUUAAUGAAGAUCGUCCAACCAUCGUAGAAGAUCGCCAAGGUGUUCAUGAAGAUCGUCCAACCGUCGUAGAAGAUCGCCCAGGCGUUCAUGAAGAUCGUUCAACCGUCGAAGAAGAUCGCCAAGGUGUUGAGGAAAAUCGCCCAACCAUCAUAAAUGACCGCCCAGGCAGUGAGGGAGAUCGCCCAUUCGUCGGAAAUGAUCGUCCAGGCGUUGAUGAAGAUCGUCAAGCCACCGUCAAAGAUCAUCCAGGCGUUGAUGAAGAUCGUCCAGUCGCCGUCAAAAAUCGCACAGGCAUUGAGGAAAACCGUCCAACCCUUGUAAAUGAUCGCCCAGGAUUGAAUGAAGAUCGUCCAGUCAUCGUCAAAGAUCGCCUAGAAGAUAUUGAAGAUCGUCCAGCAGUCGAUAAAGAUCCCCCGGGUGUUGAUGUAAUUCGUCCAGCCAUCGCAGGAGAAAAAUCAGACUUUGGUAUUAACCUUUCAUCAGCCGUAGAAAAUCGUCCAGCCGUUCUUAAAAACCAUCGAGAAGGGCAGGUCGUCGUAAAAGACAGCCUACCCGUCGCCAACGAUCGCUCAGCUGUGGAAUUAAACCACUCUACCACCGUCAUUGAACUAACGGAAAGCACCAAACUAGAGUCGCUUGUUAAAGCUACACAUCGUCAGAAAGUACGCAAGGAUGUCCUACGAAAAGCAUGCUCCGAUUUCAAACUGAAACCAUCAAGAAAGGGUAACCUGAGCCCAAAGGCUCUUGCCUCCUUCGAACAUACAAUGUUAUUUGAUAAGCACCGAUUGAUGUACUGUUAUGUGCCAAAGGCAGGAUGCACUAGCUUUAAGCAGGUUUUCCUCUCAUCCCACGGGAUCACACUGAGACGCAACGUAAGCAUCCACAAGACAUUCGAAGCUACUUUCAAGAACUUGAGUCAAACGAAACCAGCAUUAGCCAAUCGGAAAAUCAAGGAAUACAAUUAUUUUGUGUUUGUCCGCAAUCCCUUUACACGUUUACUGUCAGCGUUUCGCGAAAAAAUUGAGAAUAGGAACCCAGAAAACCGAACUGAUUGCCCUCUAUGCCACCUGAUAAUUUGGUUCCUUAGAGAUGAUGAUCCGCUAUUAUUGGACCGUAAGAACAGUUCUGAACCAUAUACCUUCGAAGAGUUCGUCCGGUACACCAUUGCCACUAAAAAACCAAACGAGCAUUGGAUGAAUCAGUUUCAGUUGUGUCACCCGUGUCAGGUCGAUUUCGAUUUCAUCGGGAAGUACGAAACCAUGCACGAGGAUGUAGAGGAUUUCUUAAUAUCGAAGACGAGCGAUUCUUUGCUAAAGUUCCCAGAAUCUGAUCCUUCAAAACCACGAACGCGUAGUUCUAAUGAUGAAAACAUGGUUAAGUACUACAGUUCUCUCCCAGAUGAUGUCUUUGUUAACCUUGUUCAUAGCUUGUACCGUGAUCUAAGAGUGUUCGGAUAUUCUAUACCGGAAGUUAUCAGGAGACCCAACCUGCGUCUUCCGGAAACCGUAGAGACUGGUUAAAAGAGUUAUCUUUAGUUUUCACUGCUGCUCAUCUGGAUCGAAGGAAAAAUCUUGGAAAUAAUUAAUAUCAAAAUCACAUGCAGUGACAUAACAUAGAACAAUGGCCACUUGCGUGGAUUUAUGGACCAGUUGAAUAUGCUAGGCCUACUGGGCAUCUUUAUAAAAAAUAAGCUUAUACAUCUAUAUAAAAAUGACAAAGCUUCCUAAAAUUAUCAUGUUUAGGAAAUGUGUUUGUUGUGUUGGGACGGGACGAAAUUUGAUUUAUCACAAAAAUAAUGAAUUAACAAAAUAUUAAAUGAAAGUUAUUUUUCAUUAAACCAUUUUGUGAAAA